AUGAACUACAUGCACAGUCCUGCUCACGACCCCUGCACGAGCUCGUCAACUGGAGAUGACAGCCACCACCGCCAGUGGCAGCAGCGGGAGGACGAUGAGGAGCAGUGGGAUAUCACGGUUUCUUUUUCUUGCGGCGGAUGGUUCCAGAUGUACUUCUUUGGAGUAGCCUAUGCUCUCGUCGACUCUGGCGUGCUGCAACGCUGGUACACCGAGGGCAAGCGCGUGCGCUUCACCGGUGUGAGUGCUGGCGCCCUGGCAGCCACGUGCCUUGCCUCUGGGCAGUACGACAUUCUAUCAGUGAAGCAGUUUGCAUCGGCGGCUGCCGAAGACUACCGGAGCUCCGUAUUCCAUUGGUUUCGCGUGCGGAAGUACCUGAUGGCUGCCAUCGACAACUUUGGCACCAACUUGCGCUCUGUUGACACUGACCCGCGCAUGCGUCAAGUAUUGAUGAGCGGAUCGCUUGAACUCGGCGUGACGGUGCUGCCGAAGUUGAAGUCGAGACUGAUUAGUAGUUUCUCUAGCUACGCCGCUAUCCGCGAGACGCUCCUUGCGUCCUGCUGCCUGGUGCCGCUGGUUGGUAUGCCGUUCAAGCUGGAGAGCACCGGUGAAUGGUGCGCCGACGGCGGUAUUAGCAACUUCACGCCACGGAUAGAGGAGGAGAACACCAUCUCCGUUUCAGGCAUGUACUUCCAGGAUGCCUCGGUGCGGCCACGCGUGUUUGUGCCGUCAUGGUGGGCGCUGCAUCCGCCGACGGCGCAGAAGUACAACAACCUUUUCUGGAUGGGGUAUAACGACAUGAUCGACUACCUCGUCUCCGCCGAGCACCUUAGCGUUCCCGACGGCAACCGUCUACUCAAACAGGAUAUCGAUUUCCGCAUACAUGACUCCUACAUGGAGGUUGCCUUCACCUUUUUCAUGGAGCUCAUGAUGCUGAUGUACAUCAAACCCGUUAUCAUCGUCUUUGUGUACGUAGAGCUCGCCAUCUCGAUGAUGUGGUGGGCGAGCAAGGGCAUCCUCACGGGGGAUCGUGCCUCAUUCCAUAACCUCUACGAGGACUUCCGAAACAUCAUCUCGCUCCGCACGUGGGGGCGUCUCAUGUUUGGCUCUAAAAUAUCAAGCAACGAAGAGAGGUUAUCUCGACAAAGUCGAGUGUUUCGCGUAUUUCAGCCUGUGGUGCUAGCCGGCAGCAAGAAGACCGGCCGUAAGUGCUGA